AAAUUAUUAGAUUUUUUUCCUGCCUCUCAUUUUCCUCUUGGACCUACUUUAUUUAUACCUUCUCUCUCAAUGAGAAAUUUAUAGCCCAAGUGAAUUCUCUCUACUCAGGAAUCAUCAAUACGCGUCAUCUACAUGAAAGGCAAUAUGGGUAGUACUGAAACCCAUCGUCAACUGCAUAUUUUCUUCUUCCCAUAUAUGGCUCAAGGUCAUAUUAUACCAGUAGUAGACAUGGCCAGGCAAUAUGCUUCGCGAGGUGUGAAAGCAACCAUAGUCACCACCCCUUUCAACGUGCCACUCUUCUCCAAGACAAUCGACAAAAGCAAGACUCUAGGUAUCGAAAUUGGAGUUCUUACCGUCAAAUUCCCAACUAAAGAGGUAGGAUUGCCCGAAGGAUGCGAAAGUGCUCACUUGGUUGUGCCCGAGAUGCGCCAGAAGUUCUUCAAGGCCAGCAUCAUGCUUGAGCAACCACUUGAGCAACUGCUCCAAAAACAUCGUCCCGAUUGCCUUGUCUCUGACAUGUUCUUUCCUUGGUCUACCGAUGUUGCUAGUAGAUGUGGGAUUCCCCGGCUUGUCUUCCACGGAACCUGUUUCUUCUCUCUCUGUGCUUCAGAGAGUGUGAUAUCAUAUGAGCCUUACAAGAAGGUGUCAUCUGAUUCAGAGCCUUUUGUCAUCCCUACUCUUCCCGAUGAGAUCAAGCUGACAAAAAAGCAGCUACCCGAUUUUGUCACAAGUAGUGUAAAAACAGAAUUUGGAAAGCUUUUUAAAGCACUCAAAGAAGCUGACCGGAAGAGUUUCGGGGUUAUUGUUAAUAGCUUCUAUGAGCUUGAGACGGCUUAUGCUGAUCAUUACAGGAAAGUUCUUGGAAGAAAGUCCUGGCAUAUAGGACCAGUAUCGCUAUGCAAUAAGGACGCUGAAGAGAAAGCGUUGAGAGGAUCGAAGGUAGCCUUCACCGAUCAACAUGAAAGCUUGAUGUGGCUUGACUCAAGGCAACCCAAUUCCGUUGUUUAUGUAUGUUUUGGGAGUGUGGCAAACUUCAGUGAUUCUCAAUUAAUGGAGAUAGCAAUGGGUCUUGAAGCUUCAGGUCAGCAGUUCAUAUGGGUUGUGAAGAAAGGAAUGAAUAGUGGAGGGAAAGAAGAGUGGUUGCCCGAAGGAUUUGAGAAGAGAAUGCAAGAUAAGGGUCUAAUUAUAAGAGAUUGGGCACCCCAAGUGUUGAUUCUCGAUCAUGAAGCAGUUGGAGGAUUUGUGACUCAUUGUGGGUGGAAUUCUACGCUGGAAGGAGUGGCUGCUGGGGUGACAAUGGUUACGUGGCCUGUUUCGGCGGAACAAUUUUACAAUGAGAAGUUGGUGACUCAGGUACUAAAAAUAGGGGUUGCUGUUGGUGUUCAGCAAUGGAUUAGCGUGGUGGGAGAUAGUGUACAGAAGGAAGCAAUAGAGAAGGCAGUGAGGCAAAUUAUGGUGGGUGAAGAAGCAGAGGAAAUGAGAAGAAGAGCCAAGGCACUUGCGGAGAUGGCGAGGAUAGCCAUUGAAGAAGGUGGAUCGUCUUACUCUGAUUUGAAUGCUUCAAUUGAAGAAUUGAAGUCCCUCAGACUUUGAUGCCAUAAACAAAACAUCUGGGGAACAAGCUCGUGAUAAGAGCAAGCAUUGAGAAAGGAAGGCUCUUUAUUUCUUUAAAUCUUGAUCCAUGGGUGAAAAGGAAUGCUUUUUUCUCUCUUUCUUAGACAGUUUUGUGGAUGAUGUUGAAACUCCAUUCAAACUUCGAUGGCC